AUGUCCUCUAUGGCUUCUUAUGCUACUGCCGCUUCUCGUCUCACAUCCCCGCCCCCCCGACCACCACGAAGAAGACCAAGCCAACAAAGUCUGACGGUCGCCUCCCCCAGCAAAACCGGAUGUGAUGCCACAGGCUCGCUGGGUCAUCCGAUGUGUAGCACUGCUCCUCUCCGCAUCUCUCCUAACAGGAUGCUUCGAGCCCUCUCCCCGCUUCCGGGGGGCAUUGCAGCUUCCUUGAAGGCACCCGCCGGAGUAGCGCUAAGCACGGAGGGUGCAGCGAAGGCAGCAGCGCAUUCAUCACCCGCUCCAGCAAUGACGGCUCGCUCCUCUUCUCUCGGAGCUCGUGCCAUGGGCGCUCUGCGGCCGAGCCCUUUGCAUCGACGUAGUCAAAGCGCGCAGAUGUACGAGCCACCUGUCAAGAGCUCUCUGCGCUCUGAGCUUCCCUGGACAUUGGCACUGGGCGAUGAUAG